AUGACCACAGCGGCCACCACGCACUCGACCGGCGGCACCGCUCGACCGACGCACCCGCGCCUCACGACCGACGGCACACCGCACCGUGCUGCCGCACUACGACACGGACACCACCGCACCGUGCUACCCCCUCCUCCGAUGACACCCACCAGCACACGUGCUACCGCUUCACGACACGACGGCACUGCCGCGCCCGUGCCCCACCCACGUGCACCACCGGCACCACCGCCGUGCUACCCCUCUGACACGGCGACACCACCGCUGCUCUGCCUCGACGAUCCCCCGCACGGCGACACAACCGCACCCAGUACUUCCCACUACGACACGGCGGCCACCACCGCACCGUGCUACCCCUCGACCGGCGACACCACCGCACCGUGCUGCCCCACUACGAUGCAGCGACACCACCGCACCGUGCACUGCACUACGACCACGGCGACACCACCGCUGCGUGCUGCCCUGACCACGGCACCACCGCACCGUGCUACACUCACGACGGCACCACCGCACCCGUGCUACCCCUCGACCGUGGCACCACCCGCAGCGUGCUACCCCACUCGACACGAACCACCCGCACCACGUGCUACCCCACCUCGACCUGACACCUGCCUGCGUGCUACCCCACUGACACGGCGACACCACCCGCACCACGUGCUGCCCCCACUCACGACCCGGCGGCACCACCGCGCCGUGCUGCCUCGACCACGGCGGCACCACCCGCACCACGUGCUACCCCACUACGACCGCGACGGCACCACCGCUGCGUGCUACCCUGCGCGGCACCCCCACCACGCGCACCCCCACUACGACACGACGGCACCACCCGCACCACGUGCUACCCCACUACGACCACGACGACACCACCCGCACCGGUACUUUGACCGAUGA